CACAUUUAAACUGCUGCUUGCCUGUGCAGCAGCUGAGGCACCGUGGAUUUCAUAUUACAGACCAAAACCCCCGUAGACCUGCUCAAAAUCCUUCCUGCAGCUGCCAGGCAACAAGGAACUAGAGUUCAACCCUAUUCCUUUCUACCAGGAACGAAGCACUCCAUUCUAGCUCAAGCUGCUUUACAUUGCAGCUCCGUUUUCUUACUAGAAAUAUGGAUACUGAACGGAGAAUACAGCACUGCAUUGUCCGGUGAGGAAAACAGCAGCUGUAAAAGCUUCAAUGCAUCAACUGUCGGGACCAGUCAACAGAGCUCCGGAGAGAACAGACAAGUCUUUUGUUUGAAGAAAGAAAAUGAAAGGGGUGAAUUUCUGCAGACUGGAGCCCGUAUGAACAGGAGGGGAACUCGAAGAGAAGCAGACAGAUGGACACUUUGGAUAUUGUGAAAAGCAAUCGCAGGAGGCAUACUAUUGGGGGAUGUGCGCAUGUUCCAUGGCAUCUUUGCUACUGAAGUGAUGGCGUGGCAAAAGUACUUUCAAUGGGCAUAGUCCUCUUCACAUAAAUGGCCUGACCAAGGAAGAAUAACUUCGAGGGAUGCCAUGUGGGCCCAAUCAGAAUGUGACUCCCUAAGAAGAGUAUUAGUUUAGGAGAAGCCCAUUUGAAGAUACCAGUCACAGCCCUGGUUCCAUACAACAUGCUUCAGUGGAGGCGACGGCACUGCUGCUUGGCCAAGAUGAGCUGGAAUGUCAAGAGGUCCCUGUUCCGUACCCACCUUAUUGGGGUCCUUUCUCUAGUGGUCCUUUUCGCUAUGUUUCUCUUUUUCAACCAUCAUGACUGGCUGCCGGGCAGGGCAGGAUUCAAGGAAAAUCCCGUGACCUACACUUUCAGAGGUUUCCGAUCAACAAGAAGCGAAACGAACCACAGCUCCCUCCGGAACAUUUGGAAAGAAACAGUCCCUCAAACUCUGAGGCCUCAGUCCGCAACGAACUCCAACAACACAGACCAGUCCCCACAAGGUGUUACAGGCCUGGAGAACACCCUCAGUGCCAAUGGAAGCAUUUACCAGGAAAAGGGCACUGGACAUCCAAACUCUUACCACUUCAAAUACAUCAUCAACGAGCCUGACAAAUGCCAACGUAAGACCCCCUUCUUGAUCCUACUGAUUGCAGCAGAACCAGGGCAGAUGGAAGCCAGGAGGGCCAUCCGGCAGACCUGGGGCAAUGAGACGCUGGCAGCUGGGGUUCCAAUCACACGGAUCUUUUUGUUGGGCCUAAGUAUUAAAACCAACAGCUACCUUCAGCAUGCAAUACAAGAAGAAAGCCGGCAGUACCAUGACAUCAUUCAACAGGAAUAUCUAGAUACGUACUAUAAUUUGACCAUUAAAACACUGAUGGGCAUGAACUGGGUUGCCACAUACUGUCCACAUAUUCCCUAUGUGAUGAAAACAGACAGUGACAUGUUCGUCAACACCGAGUAUCUGAUACAUAAAUUACUCAAGCCAGACCUGCCUCCCAGACACAACUACUUUACUGGAUACUUAAUGCGAGGCUAUGCACCCAAUCGCAAUAAGGACAGCAAGUGGUACAUGCCACCAGAGCUCUAUCCCAGCGAGCGCUACCCUGUCUUCUGUUCUGGUACUGGCUAUGUCUUUUCUGGAGAUCUGGCGGAGAAGAUAUUUAAAGUUUCUCUAAGCAUCCGUCGCCUGCACUUGGAAGACGUAUACGUGGGGAUCUGCCUGGCCAAGCUGAGAAUUGACCCAGUGCCCCCACCCAAUGAGUUCGUCUUCAAUCACUGGCGAGUCUCGUACUCAAGCUGUAAAUACAGCCACCUAAUUACCUCUCAUCAGUUCCAGCCUAGUGAACUGAUCAAAUAUUGGAAUCAUUUACAACAAAAUAAGCACAAUGCCUGUGCCAACGCAGCAAAAGAAAAGGCAGGUCGUUAUCGCCACCGCAAACUACACUAGAACAGGACUUUGGUUUUCGAACAUGCAAUCUGUAAAUUAUUGUUAAAGGCAUGUAUAGUUAAUUAAAACUGAUUGCAUUCAUAGGACAACUUUAGUUACACAUCAACACAUAAAUAAAUUCCAGAAAAAUAUUUUUUUAAUUUCUAAAGGUUUGAUUCUUAAAAUCCUACACCCGCAAUGGCGAACCUGUGGCACGUGUGUCACCACCUUGCAGCUGGCACGCGGGAAGGUCCGCAAUUAAGAUAUGCAGCACAUGCCGCAUAGUUUUUAAAUACUAAAAUCUUGUUAUUAAGGUUUAAUUGACGUGCUGGCACUUUUGAGAAAUUAUUUGGUCUCGUGCGGCAGUUUGUGCACGCCGACUCAAAAAGGUUAGCCAUCACUGUCCUAUACCAUGUUACAAUAACAAAGACAUCCCAAAACAAUCUGUUAAAAAAACACUGUAUGAAGGGAAUCUGUGUAUCACAUGCAGAAAAAACAAGCAGACAUCCAUGAAUCAAGCCAAAUGGUAAAGGAAUAUAGAUUUGCAUAUAUUUUCACAUAAAUCUUAAUUUCAGAAACAAAAUCCCGUUGAAAGACCAUGUUUAUGUUGCUUAUCACUUCACCAUACAAAUAAAUGUAAAUAAAACAUGGCUGUCAACUUUGAGGAGGCUUUGUAAUUGUACAAAGGACAGAUUUUCUGACCUGACUAUCUUAGGGUUAUAAAAAUGAUAUUCCAUGCAAUAAGAUUUGAGUUAUCCCAUGAACAUAUUUAUAAAAAAAAGUUCAUAUGUUUCAUAAAUGCAGUUCUCGUAAGUAUUUACUUUUUAAAAACAAAUAUUUGACAUUCAUUUUGUUUUACUAACACAAAUAUUGAGGGCAAUUACUUUAACAUGUGUUAAAAUGUGGGGAAGUAUCAAUGUGACUCAGGCUCUACUUUUUUUUAAUUAAAUGUUUCAAAAUAGCUGGUAUCAAAAUAGUUUAAUGCUAAGGGCCAAACUAGUACUCUCCAAUGAGUUAAUGAGUUAAACCAGUUAGAUAUUAGCACGUCCCCCAUUAACCUGGAUGACGAGCUUUCCUCUACCUGACACUAAAGAGGCACUCAGCCGCAGAGAAGGUGAUGGAGAGGCAAGAGCAGCCAGUACGGCUCCACUCACCACUCCUGGAAUGCGCAACUGCCAACAUACAAUCAUUUCAUGGCACUUCCUCCCCAUCAAGGGCCAAGUUUACAAACCUGCAGUUUUGAAUUUCAUCAGUGACAAAUAUUCUGCAUCGCCAAUUAAAAACCUUCUAGGGAAGAGUUGGGGUGGAACUACAGAUGUUUGAUGAACACUUGAUUCUAAAAUGAACAAUGUGACAAUGCACUUUUAUCAAGUUUUUAAUAAAAAAGUAAAUUAAAACUUUUA